CGUCCGCCGCUGCUCCGCCGCCGCUCGGGAUGGUGAUCGAGGAGGUGGUGCUCCUGGAGAGCUCCAGCCUGGCCACGCUGCUGCGGGAACCGCCGGAGGGCGCGCGCCCGCUGGUGCUGGACUGCCGGCCCUUCCUCGCCUACUGCCAGGCGCACCUGCUGGACUCGCGGCCCGUGCGCUGGAACGGGCUGCUCCGGCGCCGCUCCCGCGGCCGCAGCGGCGUCAGCCUGGAGUGGCUGCUGCCCGACCGGGCGCUUCUGGGCCGGCUGCGCAAGGGCGAGCUCAGCCACGUGGUGGUGCUGGACGAGGCCAGCGGCGCGGUGGCGGCGCUGCGGCCCGACAGCCUGGCCCGGCUGCUGCUCAACGCCCUGCUGCUGGAGGAGCGCGCCGGCGCCUCGCACGUCUGCCUGCUCAAAGGUGGCUUUGAAAAUUUCCAAGCCAAUUUCCCAGAAUUGUGUUCGAUGACACCGACACCUCUGAUAUCAACUCCUUCCCCGGCUCUGAGAAGUCCUGAAGAUAACAUGACUCCCUUGUACGACCAGGGUGGGCCGGUGGAGAUCCUGCCUUUCCUCUACCUGGGCAGCUGCCACCAUUCCUCCAACAGGGAGGUUCUGGAGUCCCUGGGAAUCACUGCUGUGCUCAACGUGUCUUCUAGCUGCCCCAACUACUUUGAGGGGCAAUUCCUGUACAAAAGCAUCCCGGUGGAGGACAACCACAUGGCUGAGAUCAGCGUGUGGUUCCAGGAAGCCAUUAACUUCAUUGACUCUGUGAAGAGCAGCGGAGGGCGGGUGCUGGUGCACUGCCAGGCCGGCAUCUCCCGCUCAGCCACCAUCUGCCUGGCCUACUUGAUCCAGAGCCGUCGGGUCCGGCUGGAAGAGGCCUUUGACUUCGUCAAGCAGCGCCGCGGGGUCAUCUCGCCCAACUUCGGCUUCAUGGGGCAGCUCCUGCAGUUUGAGACGGAGGUGCUGUGCCACUAGGUGGGGGGGGGCAGGGCGGAGGGCGACCUUUCCUCCGAGGACAAAGACUUCUGGUGCUCCUGUGGACGUGCGCGAGGGUUUGCCGUAACCCGGGACAAGGUCGCGCGUUUGUUUUUCUAUUGCACUAAAUGGCGGCAGAGGGUCCCGCGGGGGGAGGGGAGCCUCCUGCAGCUGGGCCAGACUUUUCCUCGCCGUUUGAAAUUGCCAUCUGGCAGCUCGUCUCCUUCCUGCACACGCGAAGAGGAUAAGCUGGCCGUGAAGAAAAGAGGGCGAGUUCAACGGCGAUUGGGGGGUUGCUGUCCGACCCCUUUGGUGAAUCAUUUGAAGUCCGGAUCGCUCCAGUCUCGGCUGUAAAGCAUUCCAAGUGACGUCUUCCUUUCUCCUGGUCCAGGCCGGUGCUCUUUGGCGUGUUGCACCAGGGGCCGAACCCUUCCUCCCCCCCUCCCAAAGCUUCUCUGCUGCGGUGCCAUCUUGUUACAGCAGCCACGAGACCUGGGCUCCACCUUCCUGACAGCCCUGUAGCGCAACCUUCGCCCAAUGUCAAGCCCUCCGGAGAUUUUAGACUUCAAUUCCCAUGAGCCCGAGACGGCCUGGCCAUUGGUCAGGGAUGCUGGGAGUUGUAGCCUAAAACGUCUAGGUUGCAGAAGGCUGUUGUAGGGUUUGGGAGGAGGUUGAAGCUACAUGGUGGGUAGCAAUAACUAAUUUUUGCAAUAUGGUCCAUUGGGGUGAGCCGUUCCUGAUUCCGUUCUGACCGCAAAGUGAAGUCUAAGAUGUGAACAGGCCAGCAUCGUUUCAUACCUGUCGCCUUGGUAUCUCACCCUUCCUCCAAGGUACUUAGGAUGGCAUGUGAGUUUCCCCCUCAUUUAACCCCACAACGUCAUUGCAAGGUAGGCCAGGCUACAAGGCCACCCAAGGCUGCGUGGCUGAGUUGGGCCUUGGGGAAGAGCUGGGCAAGACCCCGGUUUUCUUUGUCCCUGGUCCAGUCAGUCCUUGGUCUUCAACCGGUCCAUUGGGUUGCAGAUUUACCGAAAGAAGUUUGCAGGAGGGCAGCACUGCCCAUAUAUUGUAAAACAAUCAGAAAUGGGUCCCUAGAGGCAUGUUGGGGCUCCAGCUGGGCCCCAGGUCAGACAAGGUUGAAGAUGACGCCUUCUGUACUGCCUUGCCCAAUUUCCCCUCUAGCAUGCAAACGCCUCAAGAAUGGAGGCAAGAGAGAGAGAGAGAGAGAGCAUGCUAAGGUUUGCCAACUUCCUCCCUGCUCUGCUAGUCCUUCUGGCUUCUUUGGGCAGCCCGCCGUUUGCAGGCCUUGGCGGCACGCUUUCCCCAUCUUAAUUUAUUUCCCCCCUGCCUUUUGCUAUAAAAACGGAAGCCAUUCUGCUGAAGUGACAAAGACUGCAGUGACAUGAGCGAGGGAAGAAAUUGCCCCAGAACAAGUCAUUAUCUGGCUGGUUAACCAUCUUUCCCUGACCAGCCCCAAGUAACUGUGGACCAGAGCUAAAAGGAAAGUUAGAUGACAUCAGCCCCCCUGCCCCCCCCGUGACCUCCAGUUGUGUUGGACUGCAACUCCCAGGAUUCCCAGCCAUUGGCUGGGCAUUCUGGGAGUUUCAGUCCAACAUCUGGAGGGUACCAGGUGGAGGGAAGGCUGGAUUACAGUCUGAGUCCUUGUGUCCUAGCAGCCCCAGUGUUAUGGUCUCCGGUCUCCAGCCUUACGUAGGUCAGCCAUGACCCAAAAGCAUCACCUAUAGCUGAUGAAACAGUUCAGUCAUCAAUGCUGUGAAAACGGGAGUCUGCGUUUGCUAGAGUGCGGGUUGGCGACCCCAUCCCAAAACGGAGACGCGGGAGAAUUCGCUGCCAAUUCUAUAGCCUUUCCCCCUUGAGUAGCACAAGUCGGGCAAGGGUCCUGCCUUCCUGUAGGGCAGGGAGGGAUCUCUAUGCACUGAGAAUAGACAACACCCACCACUGCCAAAGAAACCCCCCUCCUUUCCUUCCCUGGGGUGUUGUCUUGAGAUCGCAGGCAGGUGCAGUCCCCCACCGGUCAGUCGUCCUGUGCGCCUCCCCUUCUUCAAUGAGGCUUGUGCAGCUCAACUGCUGGCGUAGGGAUUGUGCCCGCUGUCAUCCUUCUCUCUGCUCCCUCCCCGCUGCCAACCCCCACCCCAAAAGCAAUAUAUGGUUUGUACAUUUGUGCUAUUAGGAGAAGCUCUUUCUUGACUGACAGUGAAUUCAAAUGUCUUUUGCACUUUAUAUUUAUUAUCAUCACCUGUUGCAAUAAACGACCACUUUUUAUAUUG